UUGUUGGUUCUAUAAGUUAGAACCAAUCAUGUUUAAUAACUGUUGAGUCUGCUACGAAGAUUGUUCACCAUGUGUUUUUGACAGGCUCUAAACUUGGCUUUACAUUUGUCACGUUUAUCUGACAAAUCGGAUUUUCUGGAGAGCUUUAUUAAAUAUAUAUAAUUGCAUGUAUGGUGGUAAAAAUGGAAAAUGAUAGUCCUGUCAUAUAUGGACUUGAAUUCCAGACUAGAGCACUGUCGGCUCAAACAGCUGAGACAGAUAUCGUAAGAUUCUUGGUAGGAACACAAUCUUUAAAAUUCAGUAACAAUCAGGUUCAUCUAGUGGAACUUAACGAAGAAACGGGAAACUUAAAAACGCAAGUGUUUCAGCAUCCAAUAGGAGAAAUUUGGUCUUUACAGGCUUCUCCAACUGAACCUGAUGUAUUUAUUACGUGUUACAAUACCUUGAAUGAGGAAGGUACCUGCCAGAUGAAAGGAGCUAUUUGGAAAUUUCCUGAAAUAAAAGAAUACAACAAUGAUAUUCUGCAGCUCAACAAGUUAGCUGAUAUUGACACAACUCCUUAUGGCACUGAUCUGAAAACUAUCGCUUAUCACCCUAUGGAAAGCAAUAAGGCCGUAUCAGUAGUGGACAAUAAUUUUGUUUUGUGGGAUCUGACUGGAAGUCCACAGGUUAUAGUAUCGGGUACUCUAGCAGGUAAGGGUCAGCCACGAUUUACGAAUGGUAAAUGGAAUCCUCACAACGGUGCUAAUCAGUUUGUAACCUUGAAUGAUAACAAUGUACGUGGCUGGGAUUUUAGAAGUCCGGCCAAUGCCACUUGGUCUAUUUUAUCUGCACACUCGCAAAUCAUCAGGGAUUUAGAUUUUAAUGCGAAUCGUCAGUAUUUCCUAUCUACUUGCGGUGACGAUGGAUACAUGAAGUUCUGGGAUAUUCGACUUCCCACAGAACCAAUAUUGUCACGUAUGGAGCAUUCGCACUGGGUAUGGAAUAUAAGGAUCAACCGUUUCCAUGAUCAGCUUGUUUUAACAUCUAGCAGCGACUCUAGAGUAAUAUUAUGUAGCAUUGCAUCUAUAUCGUCUGAGCCGUUUGGACAUAUGGUAUCAGCUGAAGACGAGACUUCGCAAAGCGAAGUGUCCAGUGGGAAAAAAAAAUUAGAGGAUGGUUUGGUAGGAAGAUAUGAGGAGCAUGAAGAUAGUGUGUAUGCAGUGGAAUGGUCAUCUGCUGAUCCCUGGACAUUUGCCUCUCUUAGUUAUGAUGGUAGAUUAGUUCUAAAUAAAGUACCGCGUAAAUAUAAAUAUCAGAUUCUUUUAUGAAUCUACAUUCGACAAGAGAAGUGGAAGUAAUGUUACUAUGCCUUAUUAUUUAUUUAAAUAUGUAAAUUUAAUUUUGCACCUAUGCAACAUAUGUACAAUAUUAAUAGAUUGUAUAGACCUGCAUGCAGGUCUAUACAAUCAGAAAAAGACAUGAAAGGUAUAAUUUUAUAAUUUUUAUUAACAAAUAUGUGUGUAUACAUGUAUAUAUGAUACAAAUAAAUAGAAACUACAUUAGAA